UUUUGUUUGCUAUUUGUAACCCCGAUUUUGGCGCUACCCUUUAUAAACACAUAGACGAUAGUCACGAUACAGAGAGAGAGGGAGAGAGGGGCAGAAACGCAUUUCUCUUUGUUAAAAAAAAAUUAGAUCUCAAACUUCUCUUGUCUCCUCCACAGGCACCGCGUUGUAAUAAGGCAGGCAAGAUGGGGCUCUCUUUCACGAAAUUACUUGGCCGGUUGUUCUCAAAGAAGGAAAUGCGGAUUCUGAUGGUAGGUCUUGAUGCUGCUGGUAAAACCACCAUUCUUUACAAGCUCAAGUUGGGAGAAAUUGUCACCACCAUCCCUACCAUUGGAUUUAAUGUGGAAACUGUGGAAUACAAGAAUAUUAGCUUCACUGUUUGGGAUGUUGGUGGUCAAGAUAAGAUUCGCCCUUUGUGGAGACAUUACUUCCAAAACACGCAAGGGCUUAUCUUUGUGGUUGACAGUAAUGACCGAGAUCGAGUUGGUGAGGCUAGAGACGAGCUGCACAGGAUGUUGAAUGAGGAUGAGCUGAGGGAUGCUGUGCUCCUUGUGUUUGCAAAUAAGCAAGAUCUUCCAAAUGCAAUGAAUGCUGCUGAAAUCACUGAUAAGCUUGGUCUUCAUUCUCUAAGGCAACGCCACUGGUAUAUCCAGAGCACAUGUGCCACUUCAGGAGAAGGGCUUUAUGAAGGAUUGGACUGGCUUUCAAACAACAUUGCUAGCAAGGCUUAAUGGACUGGAGUUGAAAUUUUCUCAACAAUGUGUGCUAGCAUUUGAUGUUUUGUUUUAGAUGUUGCCUCCAUUCUUUAUUCUUUCUUUUUCUCACAAGAUUUGUUUUAUAAAUUCAUAUUUCAUGUGUCAGUACUCUGUUUGUCUUUUUAAACUAUUUGCAUAUAUAUUCUGAAUAUAAGCCAUGAGUAGUUUGGAGUGUC